CUUUCAUGUUGAUCUGCCCUCCGUUUGAAUGCAGAUUCUUAACCUGCUGAGUUUCCGCACUACCACCUAGGAGUUGGGGCCCAGCUCCCGGUGCCUCCGGUUUCCCCCAGUGCAGCCUUGGGCGCCUUGCCCAGGUCAGCAUGGCUGAGACGCUGGAGUUCAACGAUGUCUAUCAGGAGGUGAAAGGCUCCAUGAAUGAUGGUCGACUGAGGUUAAGCCGCCAAGGUAUCAUCUUUAAGAACAGCAAGACUGGCAAAGUAGACAACGUCCAGGCUGGGGAAUUGACAGAAGGCAUCUGGCGUCGUGUUGCUUUGGGCCAUGGACUUAAACUACUCACCAAGAAUGGCCAUGUCUACAAGUACGACGGUUUCCGAGAAUCGGAAUUUGAGAAACUCUCUGAUUUCUUCAAAACUCACUAUCGCCUUGAGUUAAUGGAGAAGGACCUGUGUGUGAAGGGCUGGAACUGGGGGACGGUGAAGUUUGGGGGGCAGCUGCUUUCUUUUGAUAUUGGUGACCAGCCAGUCUUCGAGAUACCUCUCAGCAAUGUGUCCCAGUGCACCACAGGCAAGAAUGAGGUGACACUGGAGUUCCACCAGAACGAUGAUGCUGAGGUCUCUCUCAUGGAGGUGCGCUUCUACGUGCCUCCCACCCAGGAGGAUGGUGUGGACCCUGUGGAGGCCUUUGCCCAGAAUGUGCUGUCCAAGGCUGAUGUGAUCCAGGCCACUGGAGACGCCAUUUGCAUCUUCCGAGAGCUGCAGUGUCUGACUCCCCGGGGCCGUUACGACAUUCGGAUCUACCCCACUUUUCUUCACCUGCAUGGCAAGACCUUUGACUACAAGAUCCCUUACACCACUGUACUCCGUCUCUUUUUGCUGCCCCACAAGGAUCAACGCCAGAUGUUCUUUGUGAUCAGCCUGGAUCCCCCCAUCAAGCAGGGGCAAACCCGUUAUCACUUCCUGAUUCUCCUCUUCUCCAAGGAUGAGGACAUCUCCCUGACGCUCAACAUGAAUGAGGAAGAAGUGGAGAAGCGCUUCGAGGGGAGGCUCACCAAGAACAUGUCUGGGUCCCUCUACGAGAUGGUCAGCCGUGUCAUGAAAGCGCUGGUAAACCGCAAGAUCACAGUUCCAGGCAACUUCCAAGGGCACUCAGGGGCCCAGUGCAUCACCUGCUCCUACAAGGCGAGCUCGGGGCUGCUGUACCCUCUGGAGCGUGGCUUCAUCUAUGUGCACAAGCCACCUGUGCACAUCCGCUUUGACGAGAUCUCCUUUGUCAACUUCGCCCGUGGCACCACCACCACUCGCUCCUUUGACUUUGAGAUCGAGACCAAGCAGGGCACUCAGUACACCUUCAGCAGCAUCGAGAGAGAGGAGUAUGGGAAGCUGUUUGAUUUUGUCAAUGCCAAGAAGCUCAACAUCAAAAACCGAGGCCUAAAAGAGGGCAUGAACCCAAGCUACGACGAGUACGCUGACUCGGAUGAAGACCAGCAUGAUGCUUAUCUGGAGCGGAUGAAGGAAGAGGGCAAGAUCCGGGAAGAGAAUGCCAAUGACAGCAGCGAUGACUCUGGAGAAGAAACUGAUGAGUCAUUCAACCCAGGUGAAGAGGAGGAAGACGUGGCCGAGGAGUUUGAUAGCAACGCCUCUGCUAGCUCCUCCAGCAAUGAGGGUGACAGCGAUCGCGAUGAGAAGAAGCGGAAACAGCUCAAGAAGGCCAAGAUUACCAAGGAUCGCAAGAGCCGUAAGAAGCCUGUGGAGGCGAAAAAGGGCAAAGACCCCAACGCCCCUAAGAGGCCCAUGUCUGCGUACAUGCUAUGGCUCAAUGCUAGUCGGGAAAAGAUCAAGUCGGACCACCCUGGCAUUAGCAUCACUGAUCUCUCCAAGAAAGCUGGCGAGAUCUGGAAAGGGAUGUCUAAAGAGAAGAAAGAGGAGUGGGAUCGCAAGGCCGAGGAUGCCCGGAGGGAGUAUGAGAAAGCCAUGAAAGAAUACGAAGGGGGCCGGGGAGAGUCUUCGAAGAGGGACAAGUCAAAAAAGAAGAAGAAAGUAAAGGUAAAGAUGGAAAAGAAAUCAACACCUUCGAGGGGCUCAUCGUCCAAGUCGGUGUCGAGGCAGCUAAGUGAAAGCUUCAAGAGCAAAGAGUUUGUGUCUAGUGAUGAGAGCUCGUCAGGGGAAAACAAGGGCAAGAAGAAGAGGCGGCGGAGCGAGGACUCUGAAGAAGAGGAACUAGCCAGUACACCCCCCAGCUCAGAGGACUCAGCAUCUGGAUCGGAUGAGUAGAGGGGAGGAAUUUCUCCCCACGUCUGCUCAGUUACUCCCCACCCCCCACCCCCACCCCAGUCUCCCCACCCAUGUUUUGGUACCAGUUUCUCCUCAUAUCACUUACGAUUCUGGGCCAUCUGUCUAAGCUCUCCAGGUGGUAUGCACUUCACUGGGGCCGCUGCACAGCCGUCUUUCUCUGCUGCUUCACCAGAAUGGCUCUUGUUCAUUUGGGGAGAGACUGGUUGGGAGACAGGGCAUGCGGGCUCCAGAUCCACAUCCUGCUUUCCUGACCUUGUGGAUUGCUCGGCUGCCUGUUUGACCUACUCAAGUUGCUGCAGCAGGGGACAUGUGAGGCCAGUGCGGUCACACCUCACGGGGGGCCUGUUUCUACUUUUAUUUUGUAUUCCUGAUCUGUGAAAAUCAUUUAAUAAAGGGAACUGACUUUGGAAA